GUCUGUCCACAGUUUGAGGAAGUAGCAAACGCCUAAGUGAACACCCCCGCCCAUGUGAAUUAUGUUUGCAUUGAUUGUGUAACUGUAAAAAACAACAACAACGUUCUCCCUUGGUUUACUUUUAAUAUGCCAAUGCAUAUUUAAUGUUUUGCACCGGUCUAACAAGAAAUGGCAUCUAAAUCAUUGUACUCGCAAAGAGAUCCUGUUCUGAAGAAGAGAGAUGACUUUGAAGACGUUUUAGAAGAACGGAGGAACUCAAGUGAUUUACGAUAUGCAUUCAAGUGCUACACCCCCGUGCUCUACAAGAGCCUCAACCCGUGUAAACCCAGUAUGCUAAAAAACAUUGUCCUGCAGUCGGAUCCUCUCCAAUAUGUAAUUAAUCAGGUGUGUGCGGAGUCAGGCGAGCCUGUGGAGCUGGUCCAGGAGGAGGCGGCAGCCAUCUUGGAGGAGAUGGCCCACCGACUGCAGCUCAGCACCGUCCGAUUCUUUGCAUUCGCCCUCAGCAAGGCCUUCAAGAGCCUGUUCCGCAGCGUCUGUGUCAACGAGGAGGGCAUCCAGAGGCUUCAACAGGCUAUACAUGAACAUCCGGUGGUGCUUCUGCCCAGCCACCGCUCAUAUAUGGACUUCCUCAUGAUGUCAUACAUCUUGUACACGUAUGACCUCACGCUGCCGGUCAUCGCUGCAGGAAUGGAUUUUAUGGGAAUGAAGUUUGUUGGGGAAAUGCUACGCAUGUCAGGAGCCUUUUUUAUCCGCCGAUCCUUUGGUGGAGACAAGCUUUACUGGGCUGUGUUCUCUGAAUAUGUCAAGACAAUGCUCAGGAAUGGUUAUGCUCCAGUUGAAUUCUUCUUAGAAGGCACAAGAAGCCGCACAUCAAAAUCACUAACACCAAAGACAGGCCUGUUGAAUAUUGUGAUGGAGCCCUUCUUCAAAGGCGAGGUGUUUGACGUCAGCCUGGUGCCCGUCAGCAUCAGCUACGAGCGGGUGCUUGAGGAGGCGCUGUAUGCCCGCGAGCUGCUCGGCGUGCCCAAGCCCAAGGAAUCCACCUCGGGUCUUUUGAAAGCGAGGAAGGUCUUAAGUGAAGACUAUGGUAGCAUGCAUGUGUAUUUUGGACAACCAGUGUCAGUUCGCAGUCUGGCCCAAGGCCGCAUUAACCGCUCCCAGUACAACCUUGUGCCAAGACAUAUUCCUAAGAAGCCGGCUAAUGGUAUCCAGAGCUUUGUGAACGACGCUGCAUAUCAGCUGGUGCGCCUGCAGGAGGAGAACAUGGUUCUAAAGCCCUGGGUUCUGAUCGCCACGUUCCUCAUGCAGAAUCUGGAGGGGAUGGAACUCUCCCAGCUCGUAGAGCAGACUGUUUGGCUAAGGGAUCUGGCGCGAUCCUUUGGAGCCUUUCUCGACUGGCCAGAGCACAGUUCCGCCAGUAAGGUGGUGUCGUCCAGCCUGUCCCUGCACCGUAACCUGGUGAGUGUGAGCGGGGGGCAGGUGCGUCUGCAGGCGGGGCAGCCGACGGGUGCGAGCGCGGAGAGCCCGGAGGCGGCGCUGUUCGAGCAGGCGGUCAGCGCUCUGUCCUGCGCCUCCUACAGGAACCAGAUCCUGCACGUCUUCCUGCGGCCGGCACUCCUCGCCGUGGCUAUGCAGGCCGCCGCCUCCUCCAGGAAAGAAGAGGUCUACAACUGCUUCAGCUUCCUGCGGAACAUGUUCUCUAACGAGUUCAUCCUCUGUCCCGGAGAGGCCGUGCAGGACUUUGACGAGGCAUGCUACUUGCUAAUGAAGUGCGGGGCGGUGCAGAUGCUACAACAGGGGGUUGUGAGCGUGGAAACAGGCCAAGCCACCCUGUCCUUCCUCUGUGCCAUACUAGAGCCUUUCCUACAGGGAUACCAGGUGGUGUGCCGAUACCUCUAUGAAGAAGCCACUGACAACCUUACGGAGAGACAGUUCAUCCCUGCUGUUAGGAGUUUUGCUGUAAAGCUCCACUUAACAGGCAGCCUGCGAUGCUACGAGGCGCUGUCCUCUGACCUACAGAAGAACGCCCUGGCCGCUCUGCUCAGACUCAACGCAGUCAAGAAGGUCAAAAUGCCUGAUCAGGUCGUACUCAAAGUGAACAAGCUUGCAGUGAACUCUCUGGAAGACACUUUAGGGGGUAAGAUUCCGACCCAGAAGCCUGUCCUCGCCCGACUGUGAGCCCUUGGCUGUUCCCAGCGCUCCGAAGUCAGAGAUUCUGGAGAGCAGGCGAGCUGGAUCCGCCUUCAUUAGCAUAAAGCCACAUUUUCCAGGACUGCGCCAUUUUUUCUCUCCAAACUACAAAGACUGUUUGUCAUCAACUUGUGUGUGUGUGUGUGUGUGUGUGUGUGUGUGUGUGUGUGUGUGUGUGUGUGCGUGCGUGCGUGUGCGUGUGUGUGUGUGCAGUACAAAGAGACUUCACAGGAAUUCUCGUCAUCAGGGACGCACUUUUUGUAGAUGACAAAAAACUGCCUGUGUUCUCAUUUCUCUUUGACGAUUAAUGUACAGGAGAGUUAGCUCCACCUGUACAUGUACCCUUGCAAUUAACGCAUAUCUCUAACAGUUUCCUUUAACAUGCUGGUGUGCUGCCAAAUGCACGGAGACUCGACACAUUCAGAGGCAAAGCAGGUUGGCAUGAACACAAGGGACAGACCUGUUUUUACUCAAAAAAAGGGGAUUUUUAGUUUUUGCACACUGUAUUUAUUUGUUUGCAUGACGUUUUGAAACCUCUUUUUCCCUAGCAUUAAUGCAAAGAGAUCAUGGCCUUUCUUUUUUUUAAAAAAUAACAUCACUUGAAGUCUAUUUUCAAUACCUUAAAUAAUUAUGUGAAUAUUGAAGAAUUAUGGGAAUCAGAAAGAAGUCACGUGUAACAUGAAUCAAGCCAAGCAGCGAUCAUGCCAAUAGACGACUUUAGUGUGUUUACAUUCCCCUCACUGUCAUUAUGUGACAACUUGUGUCUGUGUGAGAGAUCUAUUCUGAAUGCUUUUAUCGUAGCAUUUUACAAGAUACGAAGAAGGUGGGGCCCAUAGCUCUGCCUGGGGUGUGUUCUGAUUUGAGCAUACAUGUCAUCAGUUCUCCGCUGUGCUCAGGAAAGCUAUUUCUGAAAUUAUACAUGAAAUGUUCCAGAACAUUAGGACGAUGUUCUGUGAUGACAAAUUGGAAACUACAUGUUUCUUUGUUAGGACUUCAAUGAAAUCCUUUUGGAGAAAAUAGAGAAAUUCUUGGUGUGAGCUCUCUUAAGUGGCUUCCUUUUUGGUGUUUGCUUUAAAUGCUAGUUGGUCUAUUUUUGUUUGUAACUGAAUAAUUUCUGUUACUUAUUAUGUGAACUACUGUUUACCAAUGCUGAGGUCAAAUGGAGAUGUUCAGUAUGCAGGUUUCAAGGGUUUGGAAAGCACUCUACUGCGAGGGCUUGUGCCAAAGCGAAGGGUCCACUUUAACACGCCUCCUCAGUCCUCACAAAGUCCAGCACUAACAAAAAACAAACGCUUAACCUUUCCAAAUAGUUUGCCCUGUGUCAAUUUCUAGGACAAUACUGUGUGUGUGUGUGUGUGUGGUGAGUGUGUGUGUGUGUGUGUGUGUGUGUGUGUGUGUGUGUGUGUGUGUGUGUGUGUGUGUGUGUUUAAUGUGUUGUGUCAUUGGGUCACAUGCUAGCGUUAACUACAUUUCUGUGGUCUGUGUAAAGAGCUUGUGAGACUCAUGAGGCUGUGAAUGAACAGACAUUAAAGCUUUACACAAUAAAA